AUGGCCAUGAGGGCGGUGCUGGUGGCCGUCGUGCUGAUGCAGUGCUGCAACAUGAUCGUCACGGCAAGACCGUUGCUGGAAACGCCGGCGGUAGCGGGAGGGGCCGCCGGCGCCGGUACCAGCUGGCUGGGGCUCAUCAUGCAGGUGCUACAGGGCGGCAACAACCACAAGUGCACGGCUCCCAACGGAUCGUGCCCCUGA